AUGCUUUCGGCAAAACUUGGUGACAACAAGUUCUUUUGCGGGAACAAACCAAGUUCUUUGGAUGCCCUCGUGUUCGGUUAUUUGGCACCGCUUCUACGCCUACCUCUUCCAAAUGAUAGGCUGCAACUUCAUUUGAGAGCGUGUCCAAAUCUGGUACGUUUUGUUGAACAAGUGGCUUCGAUUUAUCUCCCUCCAUCUGAGGAGCAGCUGCGAAAACAGAAAUCUGAACGAAAGAUGUGGGAGAAUCGAUUACAAAAAGCAGAAAAAGCCAAAGAAGCGGAAAAGGUUAUGUCGCUUCGAAUCUCAACAUCAUUUUGA